CAUAGUAUUAGUAGGAACUCCGAGCCGGCGUUCGGCAGAAUGUACACGCGGAGAGACUGAUUUGCAAGAAUUUGCAAUGCGCGAGUCGCCCGGAGAACGUGAGAGGUAGGAAUCUCAAAGGCCAUACGGUAUGUGGACCUACGUCUACAUGAUCUUGAAAUCGAACCCUGGGAUAAGGGGAAUUUUUUGACUCAUAUUAGCACGAUUUGUCAUCAGAGGUGUGGUAUCACGUAGACGAUGUUAUUUUAAGGAGGGAGAUGUAUGAAAACGUGGUUUAUUAGCGACUUCAAAACAAACUUCUCCAGUGAUAUUUGCAUCAGUAACGCUGAUCUGCAACAAGCAAACAUGACUACCCAUGGGUUACAGGAAGGAGGGGGAAAUAGUUUUUCAGGAAAGCCUUGAAUUGUGGGGUCACUUACACAGGAACAUUAGCCCAAGUUAACAAGAAAAUGAUUUUAACAUCUGUCGAAGUUUAGCUCUCUGGUGACACAGGUCUCUUACUGGCUUCAACUCCACAAGAACUGAAGGAAGGGUGAAAUCAAUGCUUCUGGUAAACUCCUUUCAGGAACUUGAGUAAUGACCACUCAAGCACUUGAAAGCGUUCGCUACGAGCUGCCUCAAAGCAUGCACGAUGAGAUGUUGGUAACAGAUCAGUCUUAAGAGGGACCGGGCUACGAAUGGUCAAAAUUCAGCGAGGCCUUAUGCACUGGGAAGAACGACAGUUUUUCGUACAGCAUUUGGGAAGUUACUGUAGCUCAAACAAGAGAGAACGAAGAAAGAACUCGAAAUCUUCCGAAGAACAUUUUACGAAGGCCUCAACCUGCCCUCUUGUGAUGAGUCACAACACAAAUACAAACUUCCAAAGUCGCUAUGAAGAACAUGAAAACUGACAUCUAGAAGAAACUUGGUUGUAGAACAUACCUGAGAAUGAUAAUCUUUGUCACUGUUUGUUAAUUGAAGUUUCAUGUGAAAUAAGCUGGUGAUGAGUUCCUGGAAGAGGGAGUCUUGAGGAGGAGUGCAGACAGGACUUUUCAAAGGGGAGGGGGGUCCACACUGUGUCAAACAGAGGACUGAGCACCAAUGUUAUUUUUGCCGCGAAAAUUUCCAUUGGGAAAACAAAAUGGAGAAUGAAACGCAACGAUCUUUGUCUAAGAGACUCGGAAUAACAACUUUAGAUGUCUUGAAGAAAGCAGCUGAGCUGGAGCGAUUGAUGAAUGUUCGUGGUUGCUCUAUGAAUUUAACAAGUGUUUCUAAAUCUGUAAUCUGUCUCGAGAUUGCAGCGAAUAAUUCACAAGUUCCGAUGAAUAGGAAUGUUGCAAUUCAGCUUUCUGGAAUGACUAAGAAAGCUUAUAUCCAUGCCUUUAAAACAAUUGAGUGUCUGUUGGGAAAACAAAAGGAGUUUACUAUUAAAGAUCUAGCUGUACAAUUUGGUUGUAUGGAGGCUUCAGACCUGGCACAGCAAAUACACCAAAGGUAUAAACAGGAGUUUGUAAAAGAAGUAGAAGAUAUGAGUCACCCAAUAUUUAAUGCAACUGCACUUUAUACAGCUUGCAGGUAUAAGAAAAUCAAAAUAGACAAGACAAAGUUAUUGAGUGUUCUGGGGACCUGCAAAAGGUCAACAUUUGACAGUUUGUUCAAGAAGAUGGAGAAAAUACCAGACAUGCUUGAAGCCACUGAGAGUAAGAGGAAGACUUCCAAAAGAGGGUAUGGACUUCUGGACAGAGUGACUGAAGUAGUUGAAGAUCAAUGUCGCUCAUCCAAAAUAUCAAAGGAGGACGAUGGAGAUACUGACUCUGAUGAUAAAGAGUAUGAAGAGUGGAAAAGACGAAUACUUGAAUCUGCAGCCAAGGCCAUGCAGUCCCGAGACAAGAAAAAUACAGACAAGGAUAAUUCUUAGUCAGGAGCCCAUUCAGUAAUGGGCUUCCUGCUCUUAGUGUUGUGUAUUUUGCUGACCGUGAUGUCCUAACAGAAUGUAUAAAGUAUAAUAGCAUUAUGUGAUCAUUAAAAUUUAUCGAUUAUCAGCGAAAGAA